AAUUUUAUAAUGUACAUCACCUUAACUACCAUAAAUGUGUAAUCUCAUGUGAUCUUUUAUCUGAAAUGAACUAAUUAUGUUAAUUGCAUUUAUUCUUUCUACAAGUUAAUAUUAAUUGCAUGUAUUCUGUCUUGUUCUACAAGUUAAUAUUUUACAUGACCAAAUUACCCCCACUAAAAUUAUACAAUUCCAAUUUAACCAGCCCUAAAUUCAAUUAUCAUUUUCUUGGCACCCAUUGCCCUCGUUCCCCACCAGCCAUGAAACCUCCUUCACUAGCCAUCACACUUCUCCGACCAACCACCACCUGCCGGUCCUCUCCAGUCCAGGCCCUCUAAGGCUUUGGUGCUAAUUUAUUUUAGGUGUUGAUUUGUAUUUUGAUUUGAAUGUGCUCCGAGAUCUGAAAUGUUGGUAUAACUUUCUAUAUGAAAUAUAUUAGCUAGCCAUGCCUCUGAGAUAUGUAUAUACGUGCCUUUCUUUUUUCUGCUUUAACAUUUGGUUUCCGAUUUCUGUUUGUAUUCUUUUAUAGUUUUGGUGUUCAUAUAAUAUGUUGGAUUUUUAGUCCAAAUUAUAUUUCUGCAGUUGGUAGUUCUUUAACUGCUUUUGGAUGUUUGACCUCGAAAAUUUGAAGGGUCUAAUGCAUUGAAAUGAUUAAUAUUUAAUGGCAGAUUAUGUUUUUUUUUUGGGUGGUUAUGAAUCUCAAUCUUCAGAGCUAAUAUUAUAGUCUUUGGCAAUUGGCACACCAUCUGUUUGAUAGAAGUUCUGACUUAAAGUCAUUUCUCUUUUGUCUUAUCACUCUUUAUCACUCUUCAUUGGUGUUGUUGCAGAUUUUGGCAAAAAUUUUUUACUAAUUUUUAUGUUAUUAUUGUGGUCACUUACCAAGUUAGGAUUCUACUUAGCAUAUAAGAAUGCUUCAUAUUUUUGGAUUUAGUACAGUGAGGAAUUUACUAACCUAAAGCUCUUGAUGGAUAGAGUAAAAGAAUGUGUAGUAUGAAUUUGUUGUUAAGCAAUAUAACAUGUUUGCAGGCUGGUGUUCUUCUUUUUGUGUAUACAAAACUGUAAUUAUGUUCUCACAAUAUUGCAAAACCAACAACAAAGGAAACUCAAAUUGACUUGUGCAAUGUAUUAUUUUUUUUUUCUUGAGAUGUAGAUCAUACAAAGUCCAAAUUACGCAUAAUUAAGUAUUUAAAUAUAUAUAUAUAUUUAUAUUUACAAUUAUAAUUCUUUUUUUUUUCUUUUUUGACAAUUGACCAAUUUUUAUUGAUUUGAAUCAUGAAGAACUUAUAAAUAUGUUUAUAUUUAGGCUAGAAAUUUAAAAUAAAUUAAUAGUAUAAUAAUAUCUAUUUUGGUCAUUUUAUAGUAAUCAUCAAAUAAGCUAUAAAUAAUUUACCAAACACUCAUAUACAACUUUUUCAACUCACCUCUAAAUCUAUAUUUACCAAACACUCAACAACUGUUUUAGCUGAUUUUUCUCACAGCAAUGCUGAUUGUUGCAUAAACUGCAGCUGUACGAAACUGUCCCUUAUUAUACUUAGGUGUUUGGUUAAAUGUUUGAAUGAGAGAAAGAUAGCUAAUAUUAACUACUUCUAACAAGAUUUAGGGUCCUAUCAGCUUUAUGGGUUGAGAAGUUCGGUCUGGCUCCAGAGUGCUUUCUCUCCAGUGUCAUCUGGGGUCGGUGUUCCAGAGGUCUUGUCAAGGGUAGAAUUCUAAGUAAGUGAACUCCACAUGGAAUUGGAGAUGUGGGAGGUUGUCCACAUCCCGGAUAAGCCCCAAAUUGCACCCAAUCAACAGCCCACUGUGAAUGUAUUGGCUGCAGUUAUUGAGCCUAAGCUCACCAACGUUCUUAUAAGGCGUUUGAACCAAAUUGCUCCCCUUGAAAAUCUUCGUCAUUUGAAGCGGGUGCAAAAGAAACUUCUAGAAGGAGGAAAAAUUCAGCUAUCGGUCAUCUUAUGUGUAGCUUCCGAUGAGAGCAAUGAGUCAUGCAGUAUGCCACAUGAUGUGCAGGAGCUUAUCAAUUCCUACCAGUUGAGUGUUUUUCAAACGAAAGUAUGCCAAUAUGCUGCAUUGUCAAAAGAAGAGUGGGAAGAACAAUGUAAGCUGUGGCCAACUUCGUAUCAUCCUCCAACCUAUAACAUUGACGGUAUUACUGGAUUCAGUAAAGAGGACAGCCAAUCAAUUUUUAUCUUUAUGAACAUGGCUAUUCACUUGGCAAUAUCUGGCAAUGGUUUGGUUGUCAAUGCUGCUGUUAUAGUUGAUCCUUUGGUUAAACAGGUAGUUGCUACCGCAUAUGAUCAGGUUUGUUCUUGGGAUAUUGAAGCAGACAAGGUUACUCUUGAAACCAACUGCCUUAGAAAGCCAGCAGCCCUUGAUUUGAGUACUGAUUCCGAGGGAAUGGUGAGCCAUAAAACUUUGCCGUCUACUUGUCUCCAGGAUGAAACAAAACAAUUAUACACUGGCGUGUCUUGUUUAUAUCCUUGGAGGUGGGCCGAGCAGCAGCCAGUACAUAGUUCUGGUUGUUGGCACCCUUUACGCCAUGCUGCUAUGGUUGCUAUUGAAUCUUCUGCGGCCAGGGACAGGCUCCUUUUCCCCAGUUCAGGUGACAUCCAAGAUACGCCAAUUGAUGUUGAUAACAAGCAGUAUUCUAUGGGCUCUCCUGCAAAAAAACAAAAGACAAAUAUUGAAAAGAUUGCGGGUAAUGGUAUCAAGAACAUUUGCGAGGAAGAUUCGCAUUCUUUAUCAGCCCGGCCAUAUCUUUGCACUGGUUAUGACAUCUAUCUUGUGUGGGAGCCAUGUACUAUGUGUGCAAUGGCCCUGGUUCACCAGAGAAUUAGGCGUAUAUUCUAUGCUUUUCCGAACCCCAAUGCUGGAGCACUAGGUAGUGUUUAUAGACUACAAGGAGAAAGAAGCCUGAAUCAUCAUUAUGCUGUAUUCAGGGUGAUGGUUCCUGAACAGGUUCUUGAUGGAGCUCACCACCAGACUUAGCUUAUUUAUUACAACUUCAAACUCUUGUUUUAAAGAUAGAGAGAAAAUCAUUCUUUUUGUUGGAUGCUUUUUCUUAUGUUUGAUUGGAACGUUGCGUUUAUUGACUUGAAAGUUGAAAUUUGUUUAUUAUGUAUUAAAUGCACUAAAUUUUAAACCCCGAUUGAGGGUGACAUAAACGAAAACAUUAAGGUCUUGUUUGAAGUAAAGUAGAAGAAAAAAAAGAGGAAAAUUUACACUAAGCAUCAUUUUUUGUA